AAAAAUUUUUUUUGGUAUGUUGUUUAUGUUUCAAAAAGGACAUUGUAUAACCUUUACACUUUUUUGAUUUUAUUUUUUUUGGUUUGUUUGUUUUUCAAAACAAAAAGCAAUAUUAAGAAAUGAAGAGGGAUAAAACUUUAUUGGGAAAUUUGACUCUUAGAAAUUAUAAACUUAUCAUGCGGAGGAAUACUCAGACAAAAGUUGCGUUUGGAUUCUUUUGUGCCUGUUUCAUCAUUAAUUUAUACGUUCUUCAAGAAGACAAAGGACGAGUUUUAGUUCCGGAUUUGGUCAACACAGAAGAGUAUCCACCAUUUGAACCGGAAGUGCACGAGGACUUUCCAAUCGGUUCGGAGUUGGAGCCUCGAAUUCCUCAUAUACUUCACCAGACAUACAAAGGGAAUUACAUACCACAUACCUAUGCUACAAACAUCAAAAGUUUCCUAAAGGAUAAUCCCGAAUGGAAAUAUUUCUUAUGGACAGAGCAAUCAGCCUGGAAGUUUAUUAUCGAGCGGUAUCCAUCUUUGCUAGGAACUUUGAAAUUACAAAUGAAAUUUAAAGACCUGUGUGAAAUACUACGUUAUGUAGUGCUUUAUGAGUUUGGUGGUGUUUAUGCAGAUAUGUCUGUAAAAUGGUUACGGCCUAUUCAAAAGUUGACUCUUAAAUACGCAUGUAUCUUUGCACCUUUACCGUUCGAAGGAGUGUCUCUAGUUAAUAAACGACCCUACUUACUGAACUAUAAUCAAUUCUUUUGUCGAGCAAAGCAUCCCUUUUUAAAACAGAUUAUUCUUGAUAUACCAUUGUUUCAACCAAUGAUUGAAAAAGAUGACGUUAUAGGUCCACAUUUUUUGACAAGUCAAUUCAUGAAAUAUAAUAAACUGAAGUAUUACGUGCCAUAUUCCAUGUACAAUAAUACGAAAAUCAAUUCUUAUUUACAUGCAAGCAAACUUCCGGAAAUUCACGAAGAUUACGUUUUUGUCCCGAAUUCAAAUUAUUUUUCUUUUGAGCUAGACUAUCUUUUUAAUUUAUGCAAUGACUUUAUGAACCUUUCGUUCUUAGAAAGGAGAGGGUGUGUCGUUCUCCAGAAAAGGCGUGGCAUAAAUAAAUUUGCUUUUACGUAUACACGCGGGAAAAGGCCAAUCUACGAGUCAGUUUUAAACUUCCUGUUUAGGACUGAAAUAUCAAAUUUAGUUGGAGAUCGUUUGGAAAUAUAUUGAUUGAUUAAACUGU